GACUUGUGCCUGGAGCAAGGUCGUUCUUUCCAUUCACAACCGCGCGAGCUGCCAGUUCCGCAGUUCCUAAUCGAGCCUUCCGUUUCUGGGGCAAUCGUACCGAAAUUCUUGUCGAGUCGCAACCCCCGCGAAAACUGCGACGGGCCUCUUGGUUUGGAGCUUUGCGAUAUCGCAUUUCUCGCCCGCCUGUGAACCCAACCAUCCGAUUCGAUUCAAACCUCGGCCACGUCCGAGUUAUCGCUUGUUUCACCAGGACAACUUUGUUCCACGUCAUACUUGUGAACCAACCUCCAACAUGUCGGAGCAGGUCGAUCUCACCACCAUUCCCAUCUCGCCCGAGGGCAGCAACGAUCCCAAUGGCGCCGCCGCCGAGGCCGCAGAGGAUGCCAACAAGACCAUCACCGUCUUCCACGACAAGGACAACUUCAAUGUCAAACACCCCCUCUCAUGUCGGUGGACGCUCUGGUUUACAAAGCCCGCCAGCGGAAAGGGUGACAACUGGAACGACCUGCUGAAGGAGGUGAUCACAUUUGAGUCUGUCGAGGAAUUCUGGGGCGUCUAUAACAACAUCGCACCCGUCUCCGAGCUUGCUCUCAAGUCUGAUUAUCACCUCUUCAAGGAGGGCGUGCGGCCGGAGUGGGAAGAUCCUCAGAAUAAGCACGGAGGAAAGUGGUCGUUUCAAUUCAAGGAGAAGCGGUCGGUCAACAUUGACGAGCUGUGGCUGCACACCAUGCUCGCCGCCAUCGGCGAGACGCUGGAGGACGAGGAGGACGGCGAGGUGAUGGGCGUUGUCGUCAACGUCCGCAAGGCGUUCUACCGUAUUGGCGUAUGGACCCGUACCACGGGCCGCCACAUUCCCGGCCGCGGGGACGCUGACGUCGCGGGCGGCAAAGGCCGGUCGGCGGAGAAGGGCAAAGAGAUCCUGAUGUCUAUCGGCCGGCGGUUCAAGAAUGUUCUCAAGCUGCCGCCCAACGAGAUGCUUGAAUUCUCGGGACAUACCGACAGCGCCCAUAGCGGAAGCACACGCGCUAAGGCGAAGAUGGUGGUGUAAAGCUUCAGUGGGGCUUGGGGCUGUCUCGGCAGCCGGUCGACCGACCACCGAGGAGGUUAUGGCACGCCCCGAUGCAAUUAUUCCUACACCCCUUCUCAUGAACUUGAUGCCGGUCAUGGCACUGCAUAAGUGCACGAACGAGGAAUGGUCAUCCGAGGGAUAUGAGAUUCUCCAUCGCACGGGUUCCCCUCAUUUCUCCGGCUGGGAGGUUCAGGGCUUAAUGAUGCGAGACGGAAAAUGGAUUUCUGAUUGCUCAUGCCUAGGGUGCCAUAUAUCGGCUAUAAACCAAGCAUGUCUAAGAGUUACCUC